GACAAAUACCUCCAUACAAACUGCUUGGCAGCCCUAGCCAACAUGUCCGCCCAGUUCCGCUCGCUUCACCAGUACGCCGCGCAGAGAAUCAUCAGCUACACCUGCCGCCAUUUGCGGAGAUACGUCUGUGUCUUGGACAGAUUGUAUUUCCCCCGCCAGUCCCACUGCUCUGCGCUGGAGCGUUGCUUCUCAGCCCUCGGGGACCACGGAGAGGAACUCUUGACUUUAACUUGCUCUCACAUGCUCAGAUCCUAUGCUUCCAGCUUGUUUUCCUUGUUGUCCAAAAAGCACAACAAAGUUUUGGAACAGGCCACGCAGUCUUUGAGAAGUUCCCCGUCUGCUCCUGAGUCUCCACUUCCAGAUUACGCCCAGGAUUUGAAUGUAAUUGAAGAAGUCAUUCGAAUGAUGUUAGAAAUAAUCAACUCCUGCUUAACAAAUUCCCUCCAUCAUAACCCCAAUUUAGUGUACGCCCUGCUAUAUAAGCGGGAUCUCUUUGAGCAAUUUCGAACUCACCCCUCUUUCCAGGAUAUAAUGCAGAAUAUAGAUCUGGUGAUCAGCUUCUUUAGCUCACGGAUUGAGCAUCCUGGCGCUGCCCUGUCCGUGGAACGGGUACUGGAAAUUAUCAAACAAGGAGCCGUGGCCCUACCCAAAGAUAGGCUCCGGAAAUUCCCAGAGCUGAAGUUCAAAUACGUGGAGGAGGAGCAGCCCGAAGAGUUUUUCAUCCCCUACGUUUGGUCUCUGGUCUACAACUCCGCGGUGGCCCUUUAUUGGAACCCGCAAGAUAUCCGGCUUUUCACCAGGGAUUCGGGUUGAGACCCCACAGGAAAGGCAAAGCCGCCUCGCAACCCCUGUCCUCAGACGAGUGCUUUCCAGCUGAGGCUUCCCAUGAAGGACGCUUGUUCCCCUUGUACAGCCCCUCUUAUUAUUUCCCUGGGAGCAUGUCAGAAGCCAGAAAAAACACACGGACUCCAAUAAGAUUGUAUGCUAAUUUUUAAACCUAUCUAUUUGUAAAGCCAAGAGAUGGGGGGGGGGGUUCCCAUCCACACUGGCACUUGGGUUGGAAGAACUGGACGUGAGGUGAGAUAUUAACAGCAGUCAGCUUUUUUGGGGGGGGGGGAACACAAAAUAAUGCAAAGUGGGAGAAUGUGAGAAAAUAUAUUUUGUUUUUGGGAAGUCAGUGUUUGCAAGCUGGUUUUCUUCUCUCAGCGUAUCUGCAAAAGCCUUUGAGGUUUUGCUGUGGCUUCCAGCUUGAUCUUUGCAGACUUAGUACCUUUUCACGCUGGGUGUAACGGAAAUGUUUAAAUUAACCCUGUGGCAUUGAUUUUUUUAUUAUCAUUAUUUAAAUGCUUCAUUUUGAAAGGCACUGAAAUGACCAUUUCUUGCUCUGCAAAUCUAGAAAAGUCCAAAAAAAAUUUAAGAGCAGCUCACAGUUCAUGGUUUCAGAAGUGCUAUUGCACGAGUGUAGAUUUCUCCAAAAUUUCACUGAUGCUUCACCCCCAGAACACACCCCGAAACACACACUUCUGAGGCUUCUUUCAGAUAAAUUGUUUUUGACAGAAAUUGGCAGGCACGCACAUUUCAAAAUCAAUGGUCCAUGUUAUGUACCUUAAAGAGAAUGGACAACAUGCUACAGGAGAGGAAAAUGGGCAAAGCACUUAGUACAGCAUUCACACACAAUAUGAGCUUGUGAUUGUUAUUUUCCCAAAAAAAACACACAGCUCUAGGCCAGGCUGCCAGGUUAAGGAGCAAAAAAGAUCUACAAUUGUCUUGCCCACUAUACUCUUUUACAGAAAAAAAAAAUACGACAUACAAAAUACAGAUGACAAUGGGAGAUUGGCAACGUGUGGCGAAGAGGAGCCCCCCCCCUUUAAAUAUCUUUUCACAAAUUAUUUUGCUUGGUUUUUAACUUCCUGACCAAUGUUAGAACAGCAUGGUUCCUCCCCCCCCCCAUCUAUUCUGUAAAAAUGAUGCUUAAAAUACAAACAUAUUUACUUCCUUCUGCAGCUGUAGAGAAAACUGCGUAGCGACUUGAGUUCAUUUAUUUUUGCACAGAUUUGGGGUGUCGGAAUCUAAGCACCGAUUUUUUUAAAAAUUGGAAGACGGCCUGAUAACAGGAGAAAUAUUUCACACGGUGUUUGGUCUCUUGGCGAGCUGAAUGUCCUGCAACCCUCUCCUUCAAAUAAAAGGCUGUUGACUGCAA